UAAUAAUAAUAAUAAUACGUCCUGGGUAUGACGUAAAACUGCACCCGGUUGUGGAGUUUCAACGUGGGAGAAUGAGGUUACCCUUUGCCGCAACUACCUCCAGGUCACCCUUGGGCAAGGUGUACUACCUGUUAGCUCUCCCCGAGACCAUGAAAUGCCGGGUUGACAUCCGGCGGGGGCUAGUCUGUCUCAUGGGUAGGGGGGACUCUUUAGCCUUGGUCGGCAACCCCCCUAGUGAUGGUGUCACAAAAAAAUUACCCGUUGGGAACUUGCUACAAAGAACGACCUCUUUUAUGAGUGAGAUGAAUCAAAACAGUGAUUUAGAUAACAGCGUAAAGGAGACUGAAACUGAUGGUGAAGGUCUCUCGCUCGGCAGGUGUCCCAUGGAGGAGCAGCGUGGGCCCGGUCGUCAUCCUACUACUGCCAGAACUGGAUGGUCGAAAAGUAUGAAUGUAGCAGUAAUGGAGUGCUAUUUUUUGAGUAAGCCUGUAAAUGAUGACGGAAAACCAGUGAGAGGCUAUAGACGCAGAAUGCAUAACAUUUGGAGAGAGGGACAUAGCUUCAAUCUGACUGAACAGAGAUUAUGUGACCAAGCUCGCAUGAUUAGAAAGAACGGUUGGCUGACUCAUGUGGAAUUGGAAGAAAUAAAAAGAAGAGUUACAACAGAAGAGGAAGGGGUGAUAGAUGAUAGUAGCGUUGGAGAGGAGACUGUAAUUAAUGAGAUACCAGUGACUGAGCCUGAAAUAGAACCUGUGGUAACUUUCCUGGAGAGAAGUGAGAGAAGCGAAGCGAAUACAAAAAUGAUAGAAGAAAUUAUUGAAAUCAUGAAAGAAGGGAACAUAAGUCAAUCACGAAGUCUGAAAAAGGCAGACAGAAAAUCUGUGAAUGAGGCUGUUAAGGAGGUAAACGACGCCUUGAUAAGCAUCAGAACGGAAAACAUAACUGACACAAACAAACUGAUCAGUGCUGUUGCAUUGUAUGUUGCGAGAAAACUAGGCAUAGGGAAACCAAAGAUAGAAAAUAAGACAAGAGAACCAUGGUGGAAAAGAAGAAUAAGCGAAUCUAUUAAUGAACUUAGAAAGCACAUUAACAUACUUGAGCGCGAAAAGAGAGGUGAAGUAUCGAAGAAAGGGAAAUACCAUGAACUGUCAAAAAAGUAUAACAUCAUAAGAAAAGGAAUCUGUACUGUAAUUGAAGAGUUGAAACAGAGAAUGCAAGCCAAGGCCUUCAAACUAAGAAGGUACGAGCAAAGGACGCGACAAUACCAAAUUAAUCGAAUUAUUCAAUAUGACCAAAAGAAGGUAUAUCAACAACUACAGGGUAAAGACAAAAGAGAGAAUACAACACCAGAUGCAGAUGAAAGUAGAAAAUUUUGGUCGAACAUAUGGGACAACGAAACACAGCACAAUAAAAAGGCUAAGUGGUUAGAGGAGUUAAAAAACAACAAACCUAAUCUAUCACAAAAUGACAUUGAAAUAACAACUAGAAUGGUAAAUCAGCAAGCCAAGAAGAUACCUAACUGGAAAGCUCCUGGCCCUGAUGGAGUCCAGGGGUUUUGGAUAAAGAAACUUACAUCUCUACACGAAAGAAUUGCUGCCCAACUCAAUGAUUUGAUAAAUGAUGAAAUAGAAAUACCCUCGUGGAUGACCACCGGCAGAACUGUGCUAUGUCAAAAGGAUCCAAAAAAUGGCAAUGCAGUGGAUAACUAUAGACCCAUAUCCUGCUUGCCAUUAAUGUGGAAGCUGUUGACAGGAAUCAUCUCUGGAAAUGUCUACACGUUCUUGGAUGAGAAUGAGAUGUUACCUGAAGAACAAAAAGGCUGUAAAAGAAAUAGCAGGGGUACAAAGGAUCAGCUUCUGGUGGAUAAGACGAUUCUUGCUGAUUGUAAAAGGAGGCAUAAAAACUUAGCCAUGGCGUGGGUUGACUAUAAGAAAGCCUACGACAUGGUUCCCCACAGCUGGAUAAUAGAAUGUCUAAGGCUCUAUAGAGUAUCAGACAAUGUUGUUAACUUUAUAGAAAGAUCGAUGACCAACUGGAAAGUACAACUGACAUCGUGUGGGGAAACUCUAGGGCUUGUAAAUAUUCGCAGAGGAAUAUUCCAAGGAGUUAGCCUAUCACCACUUUUGUUCGUCAUUUGCAUGAUACCCCUUACCGAAGUCCUCAGAAAAGUCAAAAUGGGAUAUACAUUGGAUGGUGUUAAGAUCAAUCACCUGUUGUUCAUGGACGACUUGAAGUUGUUCGCGAAAAACGAGAAUGAAAUUGACAGGCUAACAUCUACUGUCAACCUUAUUAGUCAAGAUAUAGGAAUGGAAUUUGGGAUAAAAAAGUGUGGUGUUGUGACCUUAAGAAGGGGAAAAUUAACAGGAAGUGCAGGGAUUGAACUUGUCAAUGGGGAAAAGAUCAAGGAGGUUGGUGAAGAAGGAUAUAAGUAUCUGGGAAUAACAGAGUUGGAUAGAAUAAAAGAAGAGGAGAUGAAGAAAAUAUUUCAAAGAGAAUAUUUCAGAAGGGUUAGACUUGUCAUGCAGUCAAAACUCAAUGGAAGGAAUAAGAUUAAAGCAACAAAUACCUGGGCAAUCUCCCUGAUGCGCUAUGGAGCAGGAAUAAUUAAAUGGAGAAAAGACGAGCUAGAAAGUAUGGACAGAAGAACCAGGAAAUUAAUGACAUAA